AAUGAUCAGGGAUGAAUGGUGCACCUCCCAGGUCGCGUGCUGGAGGAUGACUGCACUCUGGCGGACUAUGACAUCGAGAAGGAGUCGACGUUGUACUUGUCACUGAGGCUGCUCGGUGGUGGAAAGAAGAGGAAGAAGAAGAAUUACACCACCCCGAAGAAGAUCAAGCACAAGCAUAAGAAGGUUAAACUGGCCGUCCUGAAGUACUAUAAGGUGGACGAGAACGGCAAGAUCAGCCGGCUGCGGCGCGAGUGUCCGGCCGAGUCAUGCGGCGCCGGUGUGUUCAUGGCCUCCAUGCACGACCGCCAGUACUGCGGCAAGUGCUACACCACGCUCGUGUAUAAGCAGCCAGAGGACAAGUGAUCCAUGCGUCGUCAAUAAAUUAAUGCGGACAGAG